AGACAUUUUGGACAAUUUCAUGCUCCCAACUUUGUGGGAACAGUUUGGAGAUGACCCCUUCCUGUUCCAACAUGACUACACACAAAGCAAGGUCCAUAAAGACAUGGAUGAGUGAGUUUGGUGUGGAGGAACGUUACUGGCUUGGAUUUGUUGGGGGGUCCCAUAACUUGUGGCAAUAUAGUGUAUGUGACAUUUUUAUAACAAUAAUUUAAUAAUUUGUUUCAGGCAUUUGGCAGACGCCCUCAUCCAGAGCGACUUUCAUUUUAUACAAGUGAGCAAUUAAGGGGUUAAGGGUCUUGCUCAAGGGCCCAGCAGUGGCAGCUUGGUGGAACUAGGAUUAUAAUUUACAACCUUUCAAUCACUAGUCCAACACCUUAACCACUAAGCUAACACAUCCACUUAAUUUUGGAUCUCCAUAGAGCAUUUUACUGGUAAAGACUUUCUUAAAGGAAGAGAAAAUCCUGUAUAUUCUUUAUUAGUAUUUUAAGAACUAUUCAUCUCAUAAAUGUGAUGAUUGAAUCAUCCAAUCAGGUAGCAGCAUUGCAACGAAUAAUAUGGUGCAAGAGCUUCAACCAAACUAGACAGCUGAAGAUUAGACAAACCUCUUCUUUCUGUAUUCAGUUGUCAAGUUUUAGUCACUGUGAUUCCCGUCAUUUUCUGACAGGAGCCCUUGUGUUUCCCGUCAACUGCUGUUGAAGCUCUUGUAUUGUGCAUUUUGUGAUGAACCACGAAUGACCCUUUCUGACUCCAGUGACCAUUUCCCACUCAGAGUAACUGAGAUCAUGUUUCCCCAUUCUGAUGAUUCAUGUGUAUAUAUCAUUUGGGAUUAGGGUUACGUUAUAUUAGGGUUUGUGUUUUGAUUCUAUUGGUUUCUGAAUUGCUCAAUAUUUACAGUGUAAUAACAAUUACACCGAGAUUUCUCAAAAGAAUGGUUGUCAACCCAGCGUUUUUAAAAAUAGCCACAAAGUAAUUUUCCUCCAUCCCCUGUUGAUUAUGUAACUUUUCCACAGACUAUGAUGAUGGAGAAAAUCUGAGUGCUGAGGAGGUAAAGCAGUUUGAUUGACUAGAACUAGGAGUUACCUGCUUAAAAAGUGCAUAAAGAAAUGAGACUUUUGACCCUAAGCCUAUUCGUGCACAGGAGGUUUGUGGUUUAUGUAAGUUUUGGGAUGUCUGGUUUUACAUGCACAUGAACUUGCAGCUAUAACAGCUUCAACUCUUCUGGGAAGUCUUUCCACAAGGUUUAGGAGUGUGUUUAUGGGAAUUUUUGACCAUUCCUCUAGAAGCUCAUUUGCGAGGUCAGGCACUGAUGUUGGACAAGACUCUGACUCGCAGUCUCUGCUCUAAUUCAUCCUAAAGAGACUGCAGGCCAGUGAAGUUCCUCCACACCAAACUCACUCAUCCAUGUCUUUAUGGCUCUUGCGCACUGGUGUGCAGUCACGUUGGAGCAGGAAGGGGUCAUCCCCAAACUGUUCCCACAAAGUUGGUCGCAUGAAAUUGUCCAAAAUGUCUUGGUAUGCUGAAGCAUUAAGAGUUCCUUUCACUGGGGCCGAGUCCAACCCCUGAAAAACAACUCCACACCAUAAUCCCCCAUCCACCAAACUUUACACUUGCCACAAUGCAGUCAGGCAAGUACCAUUCUCCUGGAAACCACCAAACCCAGACUCGGAUUGCCAGACAGAGAAGCGUGAUUGGUCACUCCAGAGAACACGUUUCCACUGCUCUAGAGUCCAGUGGCGGUGUGUUUUACACCAGUGCAUCCGUCACUUUGCAUUGCACUUGGUGAUGUAAGGCUGGGAUGCAGCUGCUUGCUCACUGUUCUUGUGCUAAUCUGAAGGAGUUUGGAGGUGUGUAGCUACUGACUCUGUAGAAAGUUGGCGACUUCUGCGCACUGCGCGCCUCAACAUACGCUGACCUCGUGGCCGAGCUGCUGUUGUUCCUAAUUGCUUCCACUUUGUUAUAAUUCCACUAACAGUUGACCAGAGAAUGUUUCCAUCCAUCCAUUUUUGAUACACACUUUAUUCCUAAUUAGGGUCACGGGGAUCUCCUGGAACCUAUGCCAGCACACAUUGGGCAAGAGGCAGGGGUACACCCAGGACAGGUCGCCAGUCCAUCACAGGACAGAGAAUGUUUAGUAGUAAGGAAAUUUCAUGAAUGGACUUGGUUGCAACUUAUCAGGGCACCACGCUUAAAUUCACUGAGCUCCUGAGAGAGACCCAUUCUUUCACAAAUGUUUGUAGAAGCAGUCUCCAUGCCUAGGUUCUUGACCUGAUACACCUGAGGCCAUUGACUGGAACACCUGAAUUCAAUGAUUUGAAGGGGUGUCCCAAAACUUUUGGCAAUGUAGUGUAUGUGCCAAUUCCGUCCCUGUCUAUUGUCUAAAACCACAAUGCGGGAGGUUGGAGCGCGCAUCAGUGUGUUGCGUCAUCUCUCCAUGGCAACGAACUCAGCUCACCAAGAUUCCUGCGCUCGCGCGGAGCGGACACGGACUGCUCCUUGUUUAGACGGAUUUUUAUUAUAAAUUGUUCAGAUUUGUUGGUUUCAGGAGCAGUUUUAACGCCAUGACAGACGGCUUGCUUGCCGUGGUGUCGGAGGCAGAACGCAACAGCUUCCCAACUCUGUCCCAGCUGAGCGAGAACGAUGUGGACAAUAUUUGGGCAAAUGUGUCAGCUUUCAUCGAACGGCACAUGUCUAUGCAAAAGGGAGUGUGCAUCGCUGGCCUCGGAGUCUUCACCUUCUCGCAGCAGAAGCUGGACGUAGGCAGCAAGUAUGUCCUUUAUCAGAGGCCAGUCUUCAUCUUAACUGAGAAACUCUGCCAGUCUCAUGGCCUUAAACAGAGCAAACCUCUUGCUGCAGCAGGGGACAUUCCGGUGGUGCAGCUCAAUUUCAGCGCCCUGAGUGUGGACAGCCCGUUCGAGCGCGACGUGGUGGAGGGCUGUGUGAGGGAGAUGCUCCUCCUGUUGCUGCGUGCUGUGGCUGCCCAGCGCAGCAUCUUCCUUAUCUUCAGGGGCAUUGGCGUCCUCUCAUUCCGGCACAGCAUCGUCAAGAUGAAGUUCUACCGUGACUUCAUCUCGAGCAUGGAUGGCUCAGGCACACUCCUCUGGGCUCUGACCAACAGACCUGGAACAAGCAUCUCCGUAAUCUCUGGGAAACACUCAAGCCUCCAGCGCCCUGGGAGCUGCAAUGCCAUGACCUUCCCCAAAAUCUCAUCCGGAAAUGCACUGAGAGAGGUGAAGGAAGUGGAGGAUGAAGGUUCUGCCUCUGAGCUGUAUGAUAGACAAGAGGAGAAUAGGAAUGAGUCCAGGCCGCCCCCAGCCAAAGUAUAUGGAAACAUCUCAAGUGAUAACCAAGAGACUGAAAUUCCAUUAGAAACUAUGGAAAGACAGGCUAGAGCCCCACAGCCACCAGAUGGCACUGCUGAAAAAGUAGAAGAGAAGCAAGAAGCUGAAUGCCCCGGUCUGUCAUGCCUGGACCACACCCGAGCUGGACAGGAGCUCUGCUACCUGUGUAUGCAGCGAGCCCAGCGUAAUGUGCCACUGUAUCUAGCAGAGGAGAGAAGCAGAAAGGACAAGGAAGAGGAGAAACUGCUGCUGCUCGCUCAGAAACACAGAGAUGAGCAAUUCUUUCAGAGAGAACAAGCCAAGCAAGAGCAGAAACGGCAGAACAAUAAGAAGAUGGCAGCAUUUAAUCUCGGGGUUGCUGAAACACUGCGGGCAACGAAGUCAGCAAGGUCGUCCAAGUUUGAGGGCUCGUACAUCUUUGGUAGACGGCCUGCCACUCCUCCCAAGCUUCUGAAACAGAGGUGCUACAUGCAGGAAUUGACAGAGCAGCUGACUCACAGGAGGCUGAACCACACACAGAGAUGCCAAGACCAGGAGCUCACUGAGCGGCUCCAUCAAAUCCAGCUAGCUGAUGAGUUUGCUAAAAUGAAAUCUCAGGAACGUCUCCAGAAAAAGGAGAACAUGAAGAGGCUCCAGAAGGCCCUGGAUACCCAACUGGAACACCGGAGUCCAGGCCUCCCUGCACGUCAGCCUGACUCGGACGGCCCUGUGUUUGGGGUGUGGGACGGUGCUCCAGAUUUGCUAGCUGAACAAAAACUGAGAGCACAAAGAGUUUGUGAAGAGCAGCAAAAUGCAGCGAGCAUGAAGAGGAAGGAUGCGCUGUGUAGCCGACUGAGUGAGCAGAGGAAGGAAAGAGAAAUGCUGCAGCGCAACCACCAGGAAUUAAAUGCAGAUCGGAUCAACCGUUAUGAGAGGCUGAGGAAACUGAAGACUGUGCUAGAAGACGCAUGGUCUCGCAGCGCUGACCUGAAACACUGCCGAGACUUGGAGGAGAGAGCUUUCAUUAGGUCUGGUGGCAGGCUGCUGAUGGAUCAGUGUGAACAGUACCGCCGCUGUUUCCAGUGCAAGAGAAAAACCACCAACUGUGGUGAGAGCAACAUCUGGAAGGAGUCACACUACAUCCCCGGCUCUCGUCUGAUGGUGUAGCCUCCUCUACUCUACUCUACUCUACUCUACUCUACUCUACUCUACUCUACUCUACUCUACUCUACUCUACUCUACUCUAGAAUCAACUCAAAUACUUGAAGUUCUAGUACAAUUGAAUGUGGUGGUAUCUAUUUGAAGAAAACUACAACAACUGGUAAAAUUGCCAUCACAGGAUCCUUCUCCUUCUGUGAUUCUCCCACCAGUGAAGACACACGUAAUUACUUUUGAUUUUGCGUUAAUUUCUGUGAUUGAAAAAUUCCUGGAAAGACUGAUAUCUGUUUGGUAUCUGGCAUGGAUGCUGAAACCUCUGCUGAGUGAUUUCUUUACACUAAAAGUCAUAAAGGUACAAAUGUCCUUCUGGCUACAUGUGUCAUUCUUUUAAUGGCCUAAAAUAAAAAGUCCCAAAGAAAAACCUGUGAAAUAUUUUGCAGUAGAAGUACCACAAAUGAACAUUUAUUAAUAAUCAAUUCAAGCUUUAAUUAAUACGUGAGCUAAUUUUUGGAGCAUUAGGAAAUAAUGACGCAUAAUACAGUAUGUUAUAUAUUAUACUUCGUAUACCUUUGAGUCAUUAAGGACUAGCUGUUAAUAAUACUAAUAGUUAAUUAACAAAGUCAGUAUCAUACAUGAAAUAUAGUUAAACCUGGAAAAUUGCUGUAGUUUAAGGUGAAUAAAUUACUUCAAGGUAACAGCAACUCCACUUCAGGUCAGAUCAUACACCACUCUGGUGUUUAUAAAUUUUGUACAAUAUCAGGUUUUAUUCUUCACUUUUAAUGUGAUUCAGCUUAACAGAAAUCCAGAUGUGUAUUUAGCUUCCUAAUGAGCAAGAGAUGACAGUGGCAGUGUAAAGCUUCCUGAAGUGAUAUGAGGAAGAAAGCUUGAGAGGAACCAGACUGAAGAAGGAACCCAUCCUCAUCCGAGUGACACCAGGUUAUGAGUCAAUACUCUUCCACAAUUGUAUGCUGUAAAGUCAAACAUUACUGACCACCGCAAUCUCACAGCAAACUUUAGUCUAGGGUCAUCAUUUCCAGUAGUGAACGAUUCUCAGAUGCAGCAGAAGAAAAGCAUCAGGAAGACUCCUAGCUAUGACUGAAAAAGUGAAGGUAACACGGGCAUGAAGGGACU